AAUUACCUUUAGUUAAUAAAGAAUUUGCUGUGGGAUGUAAGAAUUUACGUUCAGCAACCAUUGGAGAUUUAAUCGACCUCGCUAAAGAUGUGAGUGAAAAUUCGGGCUAUGUGUAUACUGAAGAGCCAAUAGUAUUUUGUUUGGAAGUUAGUAAAAUUAUAACUGAUGAUACAUCGUUGGCGUUCUGUAUUUCAAAAGGAUAUUCCUUUCAAGUCUUGAAUGGCAUAAAUGAAGCGAAAGAUAUGCAAGAAUGACGAAAGAGCUUAUACAUAUUUUGUUAAAUUACCGGAGAUUGACCACAAAUUUGCCAUAGGAUGUAAGGAUUUAAGUUCAGCUAGCAUUGCUGAUGUGGUUGAACUUGCUAAGGAUGUUGGAAAACGAUCCAACUACAACUACACUGCAGAGCCUAUGAUAUAUUGUGCGGAAAUCGAUAAAUUGAUUGCUGAUGACAAUGCUCUAUCUUUCUGCAUAUCGAAGGGAUAUAAUUUUGAGGUGUUAAAUGGAAUAGACGAAGCAAAUAACAUACCCCAAGUACAAAGCAGAGCUGGUCGAAAACUAUUUAUUAUUAAAUCAAAGACAUUUUAAUUGUCAAACAAGCAAACAACAAAUUUAGAGUUUCAGCGAAUAAGAAUAAAGGUACAUUUCGUCAAUUGCA